AUGAAUAUAGCCCUUGGCUCUUGGGCCGAUGAGAUGGACGACAUGCCUUUGCCUGCCCCUGCCUCGACCAGCUUCGGAGGCGACCGUCGCCCUGCUGGGCUUUCUUCUUCUGCCGGCUUCGGUAAUGGAUUUGGUGAACGCGAGCGUGGCGGUUACGCCGUGAGAGAGCCCCUCCCUCUUCCGACUCAGCCCCCGUAUACCGCUCACGUCGGCAACCUGUCCUUCGAUGCGACUUCCGCCGACAUCUCCGACCUCUUUGCCGACUGCGGCGUGACCAACGUCCGUGUUGUGGAGGACAAAUUGAACAAGACCCCUAAAGGUUUCGGUUACGUUGAGUUCGAGACUGUCGAUGGCCUGAAGAAGGCUCUCGACCUUUCUGGCAGUACUCUUCAGGGAAGAGCGAUCCGUGUCAGCGUUGCUGAGCCCCCCAAGGAACGCGAUGUCAAGGAGUUUGACUGGACUCGCAAGGGCCCUCUUCCGGAAGCCCCCCAGCGCCGUGUCCCCGAGCGCUCCAACUUCGACCGCUCCAACUUCGGGCGCAACAUGGAUAACAUGUCCGAUGCAGGCAGUGAACGUGGUGGUAGCAACCGCCGCAGCAACUUUGAAAGCGACGGCAAGUUCCGCGAUUUCAACAACUGGGAGCGCAAGGGCCCUCUUUCUCCUCCCGCCAACGUGAGAGAAGGUCGUCCUCGCAGCAACGAAGGAGGACCCGGUUUCAGACGCAGCUCCCCCGCCUGGGGUGAGGGACGCGCCCACGAGGGGCCCUCCCAUGAGGGACGUUCUCAGGACGGCUCUCGCCCUCCCCGCCGCGAAUUCCAGGAACGCCAAGAACGCACGCCCACGGCUGCCGAGCUCGACAACUCCUGGCGAUCCAGGAUGCGCCCCGAUCAGGCCAAGGAGCCGAGCAACCCCCCUUCGCCUGCUGCUGCCCCUGCCGCGCCUGCCGCUCCCAGCCGGCCCAAGUUGAACCUUCAGAAACGCACUGUGACUGAGUCCUCGUCAAGCCCCGCUGCCGGCGGCGAAUCCAAGGCCAGCAUUUUCGGUGGAGCUCGUCCCAUUGAUACCGCUGCUCGUGAGAAGGAGGUUGAGGAGCGUCGCCAACUUGCGAUCCGCCAGAAGAAGGAGGCUGAAGAGAAGGCUAAGGCUGAGAAGGGCGACAAGCAGCGCGUCUCCAAGGAGCAGGGCAAGGGCGACAAGCCGGUGUCCACGGCUGACCCUAACGGAAGAGAUGUUGCCGAUACUCCUCAGGGUGGCAAGAACUUUGAUAUCCUCCGGCAGGCCGGUGAGGAAGAGAGUGGCGAGAAGGCUGAACAGGAUCAGGGCGAGGAUGCGGCUGCUAAGAGCGCCGAGACUGCCACCGAUGCGGCUGCCAGCAAGACCAACGGUAGCUGGCGGAGCGCUCCCGCUGAGGCCCCGGCUGGAGCUGAUGAGGAAGGCUGGAGCACGGUUGGCUCGGGGAGACAGCGCAACAACCGCCGUGGUGGCCGUACGUUCGCAUAG